ACGCGCGUAAAAUCUGGGAGAAAUUGAAACAUCCGCCCCCGUACUCAUCGUUGCCAUCGUUUGGGAAGCAAGAAAAAAAUAGGAAGAGUUUUGGAGAGAGAGACAGAAGAAAGGGAGAAUCUUGCUGUCUUUGUGCAACCCGUCUGAAACAAUAACAAAAGUGUUUUGGGUGAGCAGAGAGGCAGCUGGAUUUUUUUUGAUCCAACAACCUCUCUCUCUCUCUCUUUCCCUCUCUUUCUGAUCACCUGCCUUUCCAAACUCCAGUUCACAUUCACAUGCAUGUAUUGUCUUUAGAAUCACAAACCCAGGACGCAAAUUUUGGAUUUCGUGAGAAGAUUUUUGUGGGUUUCGUUUGAUAUAUGCAAUGGAUUGUGAGGAGGAGAAAGUGGGGUUGUGAUAAUACAGAGCUCUGUUGUGGUUUGGAAACUGGAACAGAAAUCCUAAUCUGGGUUCUGAGUUGUUCUUCUUCCUGGUGACAGUAUGGACCCGAAUGAUAAACCCAAGAGGUUCUACAAAGUUUGGAAGGGAAACAAUAAUUUUUUUUGCCGUGGGAGAUUGAUCUUCGGUCCUGACGUGGCAUCUCUGUUUCUGUCCACACUCCUUAUUGGUGGUCCUGCAAUUGUUUUUUGUAUAAGGAUUUAUCUUAAUGCAAAGAAAACUGGUCAAUAUCUUUGGUAUCCUGUGUUGAUUGUGGGCUCAAUCCUCACUGUUUUGGAUUUAAUAUUUCUCUUCUUCACCUCUGGUAGAGAUCCUGGAAUAGUCCCUAGAAAUUCAAGGCCUCCGGAAUCGGAUGAAGCAUUUGAUUCAACUACACCAUCUAUGGAGUGGGUUAAUGAUAGAACCCCUCACUUGAAACUACCCCGAACAAAAGAUGUGAUUGUGAAUGGUCAUACCAUAAAAGUGAAGUACUGUGACACUUGUUUGCUCUAUCGCCCACCUCGUACUUCUCAUUGUUCCAUCUGCAACAAUUGUGUCCAGAGAUUUGAUCAUCACUGUCCCUGGGUUGGUCAGUGCAUUGGACUACGUAACUAUCGGUUCUUCUUCUUGUUCAUCUUGACAUCAACCGUCUUGUGUAUACACGUGUUUGUGUUUUCUUUGAUCAGCAUUCUUAAAAUUCAUAAAAAGAAAGGCAGUGUUUGGAAGGCUAUGCAAUACGAUAUCCCAUCAGAUUUUCUCACAGUGUAUUGCUUCAUAGCUGUCUGGUUCGUUGGUGGUCUUACUGUUUUCCAUUUCUAUUUGAUCUGCACAAACCAGACAACUUACGAGAACUUUCGUUACCGAUAUGAUAAGAAUGAGAACCCAUAUAACAAGGGAAUGAUGAGUAACCUUAGAGAAACUUUUUUCUCUAGGAUCCCCCCUUCAAUGCAUAAAUUCCGAUCAUUUGUGGAGGUGGACGAACAGAUGGUGGCACCUGUGACUCCAAAUCUUGGGGAACCUAUUAUUAGCCCAAAGGAGAAAAUUGACAUUGAAAUGGGAACUAAGCGUGCAGAGGGCAGUGGUUUCAAACUUCCAGGAAUUUUGCAAAAUUUGGACUACGAUGAUUUCGAAGAUAAUAUGAAGAGUAUGGAGGAAGAAGCAAGACCUUCUUUUGAUCCAGUCCUGCCUGUUGAGCAAGGAUCAAAACAAUCUGUAGAAAGCUUCACUGGUGGAGAUGGAGUGAGAAUGUUUAGCCAAAGAUCCUCUACUGGUGAUGGAGCUGGAGAGUCUGAUCAAACCUCCACAACUACCGAUGGAACUAAAGCAUUUGAGGGAAUCGAUGAUGGAAAUAACCUGCAUCAAACCACAGCACCAGUUUUUCAAGCAUAAAGGCCAGGGUUAUUUGUGCUGGGGUUGCCGUAGUUGGUUGCUUGAGAAGGCUGUGAGUUCCCAAAUAUACAUACAAGUUGAAUACAUGCUGAGGGAGGUUAUCUGUGCUGGAAAAGAGGGGAGGUUGGCAUAGGCUUUUUCAUCUCUUCAUUAUAAUGUUCACACCAAGUUUGUUAUAAGCUGUAAAUGUCACGCUAUUCCAAAUAAUGGUCUCUAGAUUGUGUUGUAGGUUUUCAUUAUCCUUUUGUGUUCUUCUUUUCCACUCUCUAAAUCACUCUUAUAUAUGAAAGGGUUUUCUUGUAUUUACUUCGAGUUGAUAUAUCUAUCCGAACCGAUUGUCAUUUCUGAUGAACUGGACUGACUUGUAUCUAUAUAUAACGUGCAAUAUUAUUUUUAUUCAAGGAUCUUCGUGUA